CCAGAAGAUUGGGACGUAGCGCUGUCCUGUCCAGAGGAAGGUCCACAGCUGGUGGAACACCCAGGAGCGAACAGGAUGGAGACCAAUAGCUCUCUCCUAAUGAACGGGUCUGCAGGGACCCGAUCCUUACCUGCUGGGUACAUUGUCCUGGAUGUCUUCUCAUAUUUGGUCCUUGUGGUCACCUUCAUCCUCGGCGUGCUGGGUAAUGGGCUGGUGAUCUGGGUGGCCGGCUUCCGCAUGACACGCACGGUCACCACCAUCUCUUACCUGAACCUGGCGGUGGCCGACUUCAGCUUCACCUCCACAUUGCCAUUCUUCAUCGUCUCCAAGGCCAUGGGAGGGCACUGGCCGUUCGGUUGGUUCAUGUGCAAGUUCAUCUUUACCGUGGUGGACAUAAACCUGUUUGGAAGCGUCUUCCUGAUUGCUCUCAUUGCCCUGGACCGCUGCAUCUGUGUUCUGCAUCCCGUCUGGGCUCAGAACCACCGCACGGUGAGCCUGGCCAGGAAGGUGAUCGUGGGACCCUGGGUCUGUGCUUUCCUCCUGACCUUACCGGUUAUCAUCCGUGUGACCACAGUGGCUAAUAAAGCGGGGCCGGGGAUAACAUCCUGCACUUUUGACUUCUCACCCUGGACCACAGACCCUGCAGAGAGGCAAAGGGUGGCGAUUGCCAUGUUGACCGUCAGAGGGAUCAUCAGGUUCAUCAUCGGUUUCAGUACCCCCAUGUCCAUAGUCGCCAUCUGCUACGGACUGAUAGCCACCAAAAUCCACCGGCAAGGCCUGAUCAAGUCCAGCCGUCCCCUCCGGGUUCUGUCUUUCGUGGUAGCCGCCUUUUUCCUCUGCUGGUGCCCCUACCAGGUAGUCGCUCUCAUAUCCACAAUCCGAAUCCGGGAACUCUUGAGGGGUAUGGGCCAGGGCAUCAGAAUCGCUGUGAAUGUCACAAGCUCCCUGGCCUUCUUCAACAGCUGCCUCAAUCCCAUGCUCUAUGUCUUCAUGGGCCAGGACUUCAGAGAGCGAUUGAUCCAUUCUCUACCAGCCAGCCUGGAGAGAGCCCUGAGCGAGGACUCGGCCCAGACCAGUGACACAGGCACCAACUCAACAUCACUUUCUGCAGAAAGCAAGAUAUAGGCGUUGUGAGGAGCAGGGUGGGACAGUGCUUUUGAGCUGUCACAUCCAACUUGUCUGCCUUCAGUGCCUCCAAGCAUCGGCAUUUCGUUGACUAUCUCAAUGACUACCCCCUCAUCAGGAAAAUUUGAGACUUAUUAUUGAUACCUUUUUGGAGUUUUUUUGUACCUCAACCCAGAGUGGUCAGCAAGGAGACAGAUAAGAGUAUACAUUUUCCAGUUAGUCUGAAAUCGUCCCAGAUAAAACCCAAUGCUGUACAGCAUAUGUGUGAAUAAUGUCUUCUUUUCUCACAAGGGUUCUGUGUGGAUAAGUUAUAUGGUCACCCUAGGGGAAAGGAGAGGAAUUACAAGGCAUGGGUUAAAUUAUGCAAGAUGCCGGGAGUGGUGGCGCACGCCUUUAAUCCCAGCGCUCAGCAGGCAGAGGC